UUUCUUGUGCUUGACGUCAUUGUCAUUAAGAUCUGCAGUCGAUAACUUUACUUGGAGCGCAUAGUGUCUUAUUAGCAGCUGCUAUGCAAACUAGCAACGACGGUCACGUGAAGAAGGAUACAGAAUAAUGGCAGAAAUACGGAUUGCUCUGGAGAUGAAACUACACAGAAUACUGAGCUGCCCAAGGAUGUAUCUUCCAUACAGGGGACAUUCUAAACGCCUUUUAGGCUCUGUUGGUGCCCUCUCUUGUAUGGGAGGGAAUGAAGCUCUAAAUCCCAUGGUUGGUCGUGCCAUGCUCUACUGCAAAACAUGCAAAGUGCCACCAAUGAACUACAGUGAAGCCGCUCCUGAAGCAAGUAGUCAUUUGCUUCUUGAGUCGAGAAGAAGAGGUUCAGCAAGAAACAAGAACCUACUGAGAGGAGGAGGAGCAUGGCCUGUGUCCUUUGUCCGCCACAGAAUGACAGAAGCUCCUCUUUCCACUGUGCCGCCACCUUUUGUCGUGAUGAGAUUUGACCAAGAGGGAAAUGUCACAUCAUUCGAGAAAAAGAAAACAGAGCUUUGUCAAGAGCUAAGUCUUCAGGCGAGGGAUCUUCGCUUUCAGCACAGUACCAGCCUCACCACUAGAAACAACUGCAUUAUCCUACGAAUGGAGACGUUGAAAGCCAUUGUGACUCCCCAUUGCCUUUUGGUGCUGGAUUUCCGUGGGCUGGGGUUAGAACGCUGGCUCGUCCUGGAGCUCGGCCCGCAGCUGACCUCACAGACGCACUCCCUGCCUUUUGAGUUCAGGGCUCUGGAGGCCAUCCUGCAGCACAGGGUCAACAAUUUACAAACUCGCCUCAACAAAGUUGAACCGGAGAUAUUGGACGUUUUGGAGUCUCUGGUGGAUCCGAAAAUCCUGUCAGCUGAUCGAAGUAAACUGCACGUACUGCUGCAGAACAGUAAGAGUUUAUCAGAGUUGGAGACGGACAUUAAGGUUUUCAAAGAGUCCCUGCUGAAGAUUUUAGAUGAGGACGAAAUCAUUGAAGAGCUGUGUCUCACCAAGUGGACAGACCCGAGAGUAUUUGAGGAGAGCAGUUUGGGGAUUGACCAUGCAGAGGAGAUGGAACAUUUACUGGAUAAUUACUACAUGCAGGCUGAAGAGUUAAGCAACAAGGCCAGAGAGUUGAAAGGCCUCAUCGACGACUCGGAGAGUGUCAUCUUUAUCAAUCUGGACAGCCAUCGAAAUGUGAUGAUGCGUUUGAACCUGCAACUGACUAUGGGGACCUUCUCACUCUCCUUAUUUGGUCUCAUUGGCGUAGCCUUUGGAAUGAAUUUGGAGUCGACUUUUGAAGAGGACCCUCGUGUUUUUUGGCUGGUUACAGGAUUCAUGUUCCUUGGCAGCGGCCUGAUUUGGAGGCGAUUGUUGUCAUUUCUAGGACGACACCUAGAACCUACAUUAUUACCACCAGUGAGUAUAUAUGCCUUAAAUAGUGUGAGAAGAUUCAUUUCGAUUGUCUUUUUGUUGUGGUUCUUUGAUAGAUUCCUCCAGUUUGGAAGAGAAAUCUGAAAGCAUCAGACAUGAAGACUGGAUUGAGGUGAUGCUAGCUUUAUAUCUUGAACCUUUAGCACUUUUAAGGCCAUCAAACUGACCUCAUGUAUUUGACAAAGAUGCAAAUUAGUUGCUUCCCUUCACCCACUUCAGAGUGUGUCAAGUGUUAUUUCCUUGCCUUACUUGUUACUGCAAUGUACCAUAAUCUUCUAAAGUGUCUGUUAUUUCGGGAUAAUUAGACAAAUAUUUUUGUGUGUAGCUAUUUAAUUCCACAAAAUGCUUCAUCUUUCUGUGGGUGCAGGUUUUUUUUGUCAGAAUUUAGUUGAACUUAAACAAUUUGACUUGUAAUUUGUGUAUUUUAUCUUGAUUCUGUAUUUUGAAGUCAUACAAAGAGGAAAAGCAGAUAUUAAAUUAUAUAACUAGUUUUGGUAACAUUUUUACAUUGUUGCAUGUUGCCUCGUUUAUUCAAUACACAGAAUAUCUAAUCAAAAUAGGACACGUUUUAACUGAUUUUUUUUUUAAAUGUUUAAUUUUGAAUAUUUUUUUUUAAAUGAUCACCUAUUGUAAUAAAUUUGAGGAUGACAAUUAAAACGGAUGCCUGAUGCUUUUAAUGUUAAAAUAAGACAAUAUUUUGGUGUGAAUAAAUUUGGCGUAAUGAUG